AUGACAGUUUUCCUUUCCUUUGCUUUCUUCGCUGCCAUUCUGACUCACAUAGGGUGCAGCAACCAGCGCCGGAGUCCAGAAAACGGUGGGAGAAGAUAUAACCGGAUUCAACAUGGGCAAUGUGCCUACACUUUCAUUCUUCCAGAACACGACGGGAACUGUCGUGAGAGUACGACAGACCAGUACAACACAAACGCUCUGCAGAGAGAUGCUCCACACGUGGAACCGGAUUUCUCUUCCCAGAAACUUCAACAUCUGGAGCAUGUGAUGGAAAAUUAUACUCAGUGGCUACAAAAACACUCACCACCAUUUUCCAUGCAAGGCACAAGGGGUGUGAAGGACUUGAAUGAAGUCCAGCUUGAGAAUUACAUCGUGGAAAAUAUGAAGUCGGAGAUGGCCCAGAUACAGCAGAAUGCAGUUCAGAACCACACAGCCACCAUGCUCGAGAUAGGAACCAGCCUCCUGACUCAGACUGCAGAGCAGACCAGAAAGCUGACAGAUGUUGAGACCCAGGUACUAAAUCAAACUUCUCGACUUGAAAUUCAACUGUUGGAGAAUUCAUUAUCAACAUACAAAUUAGAGAAGCAACUUCUUCAACAAACAAAUGAAAUUCUAAAGAUUCAUGAAAAAAACAGUUUAUUAGAACAUAAAAUCUUAGAAAUGGAGGGAAAACAUAAGGAGGAGUUGGACACCUUAAAGGAAGAGAAAGAGAACCUUCAAGGUCUGGUUACUCGUCAGACAUACAUAAUCCAGGAGCUGGAGAGACAGCUGAACAGAGCUACCACCAACAACAGUGUUCUGCAGAAGCAGCAGCUGGAGCUGAUGGACACGGUCCACAACCUCGUCAGCCUCUGCACUAAAGAAGGUGUUUUGCUAAAAGGAGGAAAAAGAGAGGAAGAAAAACCAUUUAGAGACUGUGCAGAUGUAUAUCAAGCUGGUUUUAAUAAAAGUGGAAUCUACACUAUUUAUAUUAAUAAUAUGCCAGAACCCAAAAAGGUAUUUUGCAACAUGGAUGUGAAUGGAGGAGGUUGGACUGUCAUACAGCAUCGUGAAGAUGGAAGUCUAGAUUUCCAAAGAGGCUGGAAAGAAUAUAAAAUGGGUUUUGGAAAUCCCUCUGGUGAAUAUUGGCUGGGAAAUGAGUUUAUUUUUGCCAUAACCAGUCAGAGGCAGUACACGCUAAGGAUUGAGUUAAUGGACUGGGAAGGGAACCGAGCUUACUCACAGUAUGACAGAUUCCACAUAGGAAAUGAAAAGCAAAACUACAGGUUAUAUUUAAAGGGUCACACUGGGACAGCAGGAAAACAGAGCAGCCUGAUCUUGCACGGUGCUGAUUUCAGUACUAAAGAUGCUGAUAAUGACAACUGUAUGUGCAAAUGUGCCCUCAUGCUAACAGGAGGCUGGUGGUUUGAUGCUUGUGGCCCCUCCAAUCUAAAUGGAAUGUUCUAUACGGCGGGACAGAAUCAUGGAAAACUGAAUGGAAUCAAGUGGCACUACUUCAAAGGGCCCAGCUACUCUUUACGUUCCACAACCAUGAUGAUUCGACCUUUGGACUUCUGAAAGCGUAAUACCAGAAGUAAUUAUAAAAACAACAAAGAAAUCUGGGGAAACUAGCAGAUGAGAGACUGUUUCUGAAAUGAACAAUAUUGUCUCCCUUCCAGCAGCAGAUGGUAGUUAGGUGAUGUCAUCAAGGUUCUUGACUGUGGAUUUGGAGCCUUUUGAGUUCACAAAAGUCUCUACUUGGGUCACUGUGUUUGUGUGGCUUGACUCUAGAGAAUGCUACCCACUGACAUGCUUUAAAAAGGGAAGAAGAACUGCUCAGCUUGCUGUGCUUCAAACUACUACUGGAUCUUAGUUUGAAACUAUGAUAACCAGAUGAUAAAUAUGGCUUAUUUCAUGUGAAACCAAGAAGAAGGAGAAGAAGAAGAAAAAGAGGAGAAAGAGAGAGAGAGAAAGAGAGAGAGAGAGAGAGCAUGAGCAAAUGAAUAAAAUGAACAUGCGUGAAGAUAGAAAAAGGCCUGCCACAAUCCUUUGGGAAAUAAAUAUUACAUCUGUAAAAUGGUAUUAUCUCUAUGCAAACCUACAAAUAAGUAAGUGUAUACUGUUGCAUAAUUUUGAUACAGUUCAAAAGGAGCAGCAUUGUCCUCUGAGUUCAAUAUUAAUGGAUUUCAGAAUAACAGUUCCAAUAUCAUACUUACUAGUUGAUCUGAGUUAACCUGUCUUCACUUGUAAAUUCCAUUUUUGUAAGCCAUAUAAAUUGUAGUGCAUGGAAGAUAACAGUGUAAGGUAGAAACACUAUUCAUUACUCUGAUGUUUUAAAAUACAGUUUUCAAAAGAGAUAAAAUCAAAUGUGGACAUAGCAUAUGUGCUACAGUUUUCAUUUACCUUAAAAAAUAGAUGGACUGAUAAAUAUAUUUAUAACAUGAGUAAAAUUUAAAGAAUAUGAAAUGUAUCACCUUGUUCUUAAAAUAACAAACAUGCAUUUAAUAUUUCCUUUGCUAUUAUAUGGGAAAGCAGUACUUGGAGUGUAUUAAGUUGAAACAAAACCAAGUAAACUGGAGCAGUUCAUUUUACAGUAUCUUCUUACAUGUGUAUACAUGGCUGUGACUUAAUUAUUUUAUAAGUGUUUUUAGAUCUUUAAUUGUCAACCUGUUAUUUUCAGCUAAUUUAAUUUUUUUGCUAAUUAACUGAAACAUGCUUACUAAAUUCACCCUGUUCCAGUUUCUACUAAAGGUACACUUUGAAAUCUACAAAAAUUAAAAAAAAACAAUUAUUAAUAUCAUUGUACAUAGCAUGUUUAUAUCCAUGUUAAACUUAAUACCUGUUUAAUCUGGAAUAUGCAACACUGUCCUUAAUUGAUGCAUAUAAAUACAAGUGUUCAAAGAAAUAUAUUCUUACUUAAUUAAAUAUAUUACUCCUCAUUUUUUUCCUUUAGGUUCUAUUUCUUUAGACAAUUUUAAACUAUUAAUAUUAAUGGAGAAAAUUGGCAAAAACUCUCUAUAUCACAUGUAAGGGAAAAACAUAAAAUAAAAUUAUAAUCACCUAAUAGAAAAUUAUUACUGCUAGGUGCUAGAAAUAUCUUUAAUAAAAUAUUCCUAUGGGAUAAUCUAUUGUAAAUGAAUUUUAGGGCAGAUGUCUGUGGCAACUAAAGUCACUAAAGUGUUUUUUCAAGAAAUGCUCUCUGCCUGUAAGUGUUGAAGGUUACAGUAUUUUUCUUUUCUUCAUCGAAAUUUGCAAAACAUGAGCUAUUGUGAAAUGAGUACAUUGAAUGAAUACAUAGAUAUUGGAUCUCCUUCCUUGGAAAAUUAAUAGGUUUUCUAGAAGAUUAUCAUGCCAAAAUUUCAGACUUGAUCCAUUAUGCCUUAGUGGUUUUUCUCCAUUUGGGAGCAUAAAGCUAUUUGCAUUUUUAAGAAAAAAAUUUAAAAGUUUACAAUCAAAUCUUUUUUUUAUAUUUAUGCAUCUGUAUACAAACAACCGCUUUUUGCCUUACAAGUGACAUUUGCAGGUAUUACACAGUUUUUCUAUUAUCAGUGUCUUCUUGAUAAUAUUGUAAAGCCUCUCCCUCUCAAAACCUUCUUUAUUAUCUUCAUUUUAAGUGAAAUAAAAUGAGCAUUUUGUUGUUUGUGUUCCCACAAAUUUUUUAAACCAAUCUUUGGAUAAAGAAUACUAUUUUCCCAAUCGAUAUUACAAAAAUAAAAUGAAAUAAUGAAAAAAAAGAAAGCAUGAUAUUUACUGUUGUCUGGGUUUGAAAAAUGAAAUAUUGUUUCCAAUUAUUUAUAAUAAAGCAGUAUAAAAUGUUUUAUGACUCCAUUAUGUGUGUUGUGUAAUGCCUACAUGUUUAUAGCAUCUUCACAUGUAUAUCCUUUGCAUUUAAUUAUUUCAGAGUAAGAUAAUUAGUAUUAGAAUUUUGUCUUUCAACUUUUAUUGCAAUAAAAUUGAUGUGGUUUCUAUGCAAAUUUCUUCAUAUGGAUCACAACAUUAUUUGUUUUAAAUAAAAUUGGAAAUAAA